AUACCCGCUAGUAGCGAGUCUGACCCCCGAGCGUUCGCCGGCCUAGUGACGUCCCGAAUCGCAGCCUAUUGAACGAACUAUCGAUGUUUAGUGUUGUACUCGAGUGUUCAACACCUGUGUUUUUGUGCUUUUCUAUAUCUUUGUAUAGUGUUUUUGGAUUGUUUGUGGGACUUGCGCGGACGGUGGUUCUCUUGGAAAAGGUAGCAGUUUCCAGGAUGGCGUAGCGUAAUGGAGGGGGAGUGCUCGGAGGGCGGGGAGGGGUGGCUGCUGGUGCGUGUGCACGUGCCCGAGCUCAACGUUCAGAAGAGCCUGCAGUUCCCGCGGGACCAGCUCGUCUGGGACGUCAAGCAGCAGUGCCUCGCCGCUUUGCCCAAGGUGGCCACCUGGUACAGGGAGCUAAAGGAGAGCUUCAACUAUGGUCUAUUCUGCCCGCCGGUCAACGGCAAGGCUGGAAAGUUCCUGGACGAGGAGAGGCGCCUCGGCGACUACCCCUUCAACGGCCCUGUUGGAUAUCUUGAGUUAAAGUACAAACGUCGUGUGUACAAAAUGUUGAAGCUGGACGAGAAGACGUUGAAGACGGUGCAUUCGCGCGCCAACCUGCGCCGCUUCCUCGAGCAUGUGGCGCACGCGCAACUAGACAAGAUCACCAAAGCCUGCGCCAAAGGACUCGACCCCAACUUUCAUUGUCAGGACACCGGAGAAACACCUCUAACUGUAGCAGCGGGUAUCAAAUCUCCAGCUAAAGUUCUUAUAGCACUCGUCAAUGGUGGAGCUCUACUGGACUACAGGACAAAAGAUGGCAGCACAGCGAUGCACCGGGCAAUCGAGAAGAACUCCCUAGAAGCAGUCAAAACUCUGCUCGAACUGGGAGCGUCACCUAAUUACAAGGAUAGCAAGGGACUAACGCCUUUAUAUCUAUCUGUUACAAACAAAACAGAUCCUUUAUUAUGUGAAACAUUGCUGCACGAUCACGCAACGAUUGGUGCAACAGAUUUACAAGGAUGGCAAGAAGUACACCAGCGCAACGCGUCCGGCAACACGCCGCUGCACGUGUGCGCCGUCAACGCGCAGGACUCCUGCGCACGGCAGCUGCUCUUCCGUGGCUGCGACAAGGAGUCCCUCAACUUUGCCAACCAAACACCCUAUCAGGUAGCGGUAAUAGCUGGAAAUUUAGAAUUGGCAGAAGUAAUAAAGAACUACAAAACCGAAGAAAUCGUGCCGUUCCGCGGUCCGCCGCGAUACAACCCGAAGCGACGGUCUGCUGCAUGGGGCGGCUGGUGGAGCGCGGGAGACAGGUCCUCGCCCUGCAGCCUCGACAGGCCCUUCUCCUCAGCCUCCUCCAGCAUCAGUGACGCCAGCCACCCCAGCCACGAGGACGAUGCCAGUAUCCUCACAGGUAACCCCCCGGGACACGCCCGGCCCCGCGACCUCGUGGUGACACUGCGUCUGGCGCAGGGAGACAUCGUCGAAGUAACGGGGUCUACAGAGGAGGGCCUGCUGGAAGGCACUGUGCGGGGCUCGGGCGCGAGCGGCCUGUUCCCCGCGCACUGCGUGCAGGAGGUGCGCUUGCGUCAGAACACGGCGCACUUGCACCAGGUGCUGUCGUCGGGGCCGGUGCACCACUCGCGGGUGUCAGGGCGCCGCGAGAUGGCGCUCAGCAAGACGUACAGCGCCACCGCGCCACGGAUAAAGAAAAAGUAUGCUUGCUAUUAAAUAAGUGAAGGAUAAAACUCGCUUUCGCGACCGACGGAGCAACUGAGAUAACAA